AGGUUACCUGCUAGUAAUAAUUGUGAUCAUAACUGAAGUAUAUCUGGGAAAAGUGUUAAAGCUGCAGAUAAAAUGAAAAAUAGGACUGGAAUUUUCCACUAAUACACAAUGUGCCUUUGUUUAAUAUCUUGCUAAGUGAGUCUAUCUGUAGUUCCAUUUUCUGUCAAAUGUUCGUUAAGCAACCAGUCUUAGAGGGACGCAGUAUAUGAGGCACAGCUGAUUAAUACGCACUGAGUUUUUAGAGACACAGAGAGUGAAGUAUGAUCAAAGGGUGUAAUUAAUAAGUGCUAUGCCUAGACGACUUGAGGCGAGAAAGACUGGGACAUCAAGUGAGCUGGGACUGUGGUUAGGACAAGGUUAGCACUACGUGACAAAGCCAUAGCUAUCGCUUGAGCUGGAGAAACAGCUGCGCUCAAAAUACUGUUUCUGAAAACGCGUUUCUCCUGCCAUUCAGGGUGCUGGUUUUCAGAUGAGUUGUUUCAAUCUGAAGUUCACUGUGAAAUCCCAGAUGUGGCGAGUCAGGAAUCUUCGGUGAAGUGCUGAACAAUUCAGCCACGCUGCUGCAGAAAACCUUACAGUGCUCUACCAAGGCAUCUCAGCCUAGCAGGUAUAAGGAUGUUCUCAUCAAGACUAAAUCUUUGGUUCCCUUGUUGCAGGCGAUCGCAGCACCACAAUGUGCUCUCUCAGUGCAGCCAACGCCAAGUUCUGUCUUGACUUUUUCAGAGAGCUGAGCAAGAUAAAAAGAAAUGAAAACAUUUUCUUCUCCCCACUAAGUCUCUCGGCUGCCUUUGGGAUGGUUGUCCUCGGAGCCAGGGGCAACACCCUGGAACAGAUUGAGAAGGUGGGUUCCCUUUGCUCUGAAAGGGGGACAGUGGUAUUUCAUUUCAGUGAAGUUCUGCGCAGCGCCAGCCAGGGAAACAGCUACCCCUCUGAGAAGGUUUCUAACCAAAGCAGCAGUACCAAUCUAAAAUGUGAUAAGUGCUUAAAUUGCCACCCGCAUGGGGGAAUCGAUUUGUCAUUCUGUACAUCUGGUAUGGGGGGAGCUGGAGGUGGUGCCUUGAUGCGAUAUCUACUGGGUGGAGCCAGGCUUCCCGUACAGAGGGAGGCUGCGCUUCACCCUCAGGCCGGGGUUUGCAUAGGAAAGCUCAAGCCUACUAAGAAACUUCUUUUUUUUUCCUGGUUUUCCUGGUUGAAGUGUGAAGAAGCUGGAGAAGUCCAUUCCCAGUUCCAGGCUCUGUUAGCUGCAGUCAGUGAACCCAGACCAGGCUGCUCUCUCACCAUUGCCAACAGGCUCUUUGGAGAAAUUACUUAUCCGUUCUUCCAGCAAUACUUGGAUUCCACAAAGAAAUUCUAUCUAGCAGAACUGGAAGCAGUCAAUUUUAAAUACACUGAAGAAGAAGCCAGAGAGAAGAUUAACCUCUGGGUGGAAAAUGAGACAAAAGGUAAAAUCAAAGACCUGUUUGCUGCUGGGUUUAUUGAUCCCUCCACUGUACUUGUCCUGGUCAAUGCUAUAUAUUUUAAAGGAAAGUGGGCAGCAGAAUUUAAGAAAGAAGACACUAAGGAAACAUAUUUCCAACUGAACAAGGUAUGGUAUGGGCAGGAACCGACACAGCUGGGGGAUGGAAAUCAGAUGCCAGUCUCCAAUAACAAGAGAUGGAAGCUUUCCUCCUCUCUGUUAUCCCAAACUAAAACACUGAAGGAGAAAAGGACAGUGCAGAUGAUGUUUCAAGAAGGUUAUUUUAACAUGGCCAUCAUAGAGGAACUGAAAAUGAAAGUGAUAGAGCUCCCAUACUUCAACUAUGAACUGAGCAUGUUCAUUCUUCUUCCUGAAGUUGUCUAUGAAGACCUUACUGGCCUAGAAGAGGUAAUGCUUCUUUUUCUCUCUAGUAGCAUACAUAAGGGGCUGCAAACAGAGCAAUACUUUAACACUGCUCCAGCGUGGUCAGAAGGCAAGCAGGAAAAACUGAACCUUAUUAUCUUUUCCUUCCGUUCAUUAUGGUGUAUUAUUGUCAAUACCGCAUUACAGCUUGAAUGCGCCAUCACGUAUGAAAAACUAGCAGGAUGGACCAGCUCGGCUAGGAUGCAACAGCUGAGAGUGAAGGUGUACCUGCCCCAGUUUAAGAUGGAGGAAAGUUACGUUCUCAACAAAACUCUCCAGGAGAUGGGAGUGAUGAAUGUUUUUGACUGGGGAAAAGCUGAUUUAUCAGGGAUCUCUAGGAAAGAUGGUUUAGUUGUGUCCAAGGCCAUCCAGAAGUCAUUUGUGGAAGUCAAUGAAGAGGGAACCGAAGCAGCUGGUGCCAUGGGACUUGUUGCAGUGCCUCUGUGUCUCCCAGUUUCUUAUGAGUUUAAAGCUGACCAUCCAUUCCUCUUCUUCAUCAGACACAACCCAACCAACACCAUUCUCUUCUUUGGAAGAUAUUCCUCCCCUUAAGUGGAGGUUAUUUUUGAAAUUAGAUCUUUCUCCCCACUAACAUCUGCAUUGGCAAGCACUGAGGACAAAAGCACAUUUUCACUAGGCUUUACCCUAAAGUGUUGAUUGCUGUAAAAAAGACCAUCUGAUAAGAGCCAAAUUAGACAUAAAAACCUAAAACCUCUUAACUAUUUCCUUUCUAACAUCAACUUCAGGUAUGUUUUACUUUUAGGAGGUCUCACUAAAAUGACAUCUACCUUAAAAUACACUAUGUAAUUUUUGCCAAAGAGCUGUAGGCCUCUAGAGACGUCUGCAUAGAAAAUCCUAUUUUGAUCCUUUCCUAAUGUAGCAUGCCUCCAAUAAACCCAUGAUUUUACUGCCCUAAAGAUGAGUGAUAGAUUCUUCCACAUGAAGGAGACAGGAGGAUAGGGAUCUACAUUAAAAGGAUAAACUUAGGUACUCAGUCUCUUUUAGCUUUACCUAUCCAACCUCUGUAUAGCUCUCAAGAAAAAUACCAAUUUAUAUGGGAGUAGCAGAGUAUUCCUGUGGGACCUUUCCUUAAAUGUUGAUUGGGGGUAAUGGUUCAAUCUGGAAUGAGGCUCUUGGGAUUUGUACUCAGAGUGCAGAGAAAGCAGAAAACUUUUCUGGUGUAAUCUUGCUUGUCUAAGCAGGGCAGACCCAUUCCUUAUUUUUUCCUGUGGGAAACCCUGUAUGUGUUAGAGAGUUCUCCAACUUCUUCAUAAACUUCCACGUAACAAAAAACAGUGUUUCAGAAUAAUGGAAAGCCUUUUCUGACAAGGUCUGCUCUGCGAUGGCUGUGAAUGAGACACUUAAUUCCCACAUAAAACUUCAAGCUCUGAUCAGCCAUUCUUUCUUUUAAAAAAAGCGCUCCCUUUCUUUGUGCCUCUGAUACCAUGAGUUUCUUGUUCCAUCUGUUUUAUUCCUCAUCAGCAUCAAAAAACUAAUAAAAACAUCUAUAGUGAUGGUAUUUAUAUGAGUAGCCUAUAUUUGUUCCACUUAUCGUAAUAAAACCACUGCAAACUAAAUAUUAAAUGUAAUAGUCUGCAGAAUUUAGUGGACAGAGGAAUAGUCUCUAGCAGGUAAAAAUAAUGGCAAUCCUUUCAAAAGUGACACUAAGUGACCCAGGAGUCAGACUCCCGUUUUAAAAUAUUCAUUAUGUUAAGUUUAGGCACUGGACAACGCGACAUUAUGAUAGGUAAACCCUGAACCUCACCUACUGCUUCUCUCUUGCAUUUGAUUUUACCAGGGAAUUACGAGGGUUUUAGGACACAGCUGAGCCAGUCUGAUGCUACUGAGGAGGAGGAUGCUGCUGUCCUUGUCUCCUUCCUUCCAUGUCUUCCUGCUCCCUCCCUUACGCCACCACUAUUACUUGCCUGACUAGGUGACGAGCAGUUCUCUGGGACCUACAUCAAGAGGAAAAUUUUUUGUAGAGUUAAUUUGGUUGCUGAUGACCUAGUUCCCUAAACCACCUCCUGGAUGUUGCAGAGUAGGUGGUGGGAAGGCAUAGGGAGGGGUUAUGGAGAAGAGAGCAGCCUGCACUGUUUGGCAGCAGGCAAUGUCCAAAAUGAAACAUGAAAAAUACUUGCUUUUAAAGCAGAAAUAUUCCACCUCUUUGAUGACUCACUCACCUUUUCCUGUUGCUCACUGAUGGGAAGAAGGGAAACACUGGGAGCAUACUAGUGCCAUUUCAGACCUGCGGAUUCAAAGGGCUCUUCCAAAUGCUGAUAUAUGCAGGAAAAAAUUACAGUAAAUUACAGUAUGCCACAAAAAUUCAAUUGCUAAAUAAAGCAGACUCAUGGUAGUCUGUGGAGCUGCAUCACAUGGCUGCAAUUUUAGUAUGAAAUACAUCCUGAAAUAGUAAAAUUACCAGUAAAGGCACAGUUUUCAUAUCAAUUAGCUGGUAAGAGAAGAGAACACCAAACACAGGCUGUGGGCUCUUCUGAUGAAUAGGGUAUGCAAAAAAUAGCCAUGCAUGUUUUUCAGUGACUGUCAUCGGUAUUCUGGUUUGCCUCAAAUAUAAAUUACUUAUGUUAACAAAAAAAAAAAAAAAAGACUGAAAUGAACGGUGUUAAAAUGUAUUAGCUUGCAUAACCAGACCUAAGUAACCUAUGUAAAAGAAAAACAAUUCACGGCAUAUGGGAUAAAGGCAAGUGCUGUAAUAUAUUAUCCUGAAGAGCAGGAGUCUCACAACAGGAAAAGAAAUUCUGUGUGUCAGCAAAGGAGGAGGUGUGGCUGAAACAAGGAUUGUCACUUAGCUUACUACAGAAUAAGUAGUCACUUACGAUAUUUGAUUUUUUUCUUUUAGACUUGCU